GAUUGUAUUUUAAGUUUUAAUAUCCUGUGUUUUUUUCCACUUGCAUAUAGCAUAAGGAUUUUUCCACAUUGUUACAUAUUUUCACUUUCAAUUAUCUGCUGUCUGUAUAAUUUUCACCAUGUGGAAGUACCAUCAUUGGCCAUAAUUUGCUAAUUUGUUAAGCCUCAGUGUCCAUCAAAAGAAAAAUUGUGUUUUCCAACAACAUGUCAGGGGAUUUUUUUUUUUUUUUACAGGUGACAAAAGAAUUCAGUUUGUUUUUUUCUGUCUCUGGGAAAUUCCUUCUCUAUCAGAAAAUUCUAACAGUAGGAUUACUAGGUUAAAUAGUAUAGGCAUUGUUACAACAUUCCAAUGACUUGGAGGAUCCUCUGAGCUACAUGCUGGGUGUUAUAUAUAGUACAGAUUGAGAUCCAGUGCCUACAAGCUACAACUCAGCCUAUGACUUUAAGACCUAAUAUAUUUUGCCAAAUUAUCUCUAUUGAGAUGGUACCAGUUUCCAUUACCACCAGUGGCAUAUGAGCUCUCUUUCCAUGCACCUCUGCCAGUUUUAGCAUUAAAAAGAGAAUUUCCAACUUGAUAUAAAAAUCGAUUCUUCAUUCUUUCACUUCCCAUUUCUUUGAUUACCAGUGGGGUGGAACUUUGUUUUGAUGUGUUUGUUGGUCUUUUGUAAUUCUUGGUGUAUUUAUUGUACUUCCCAUUUUUCUCUAAGUUCAUCUUUUUUUUUUUAACUCAUUAAUAAGAAGUCUUUUAUCUAUCAGAUCUUUUUAUCUAUUAACUCCUUGAUGUAUAAGUCAAAAGUACUUUUCCUAGAUUGUUUGCCUUUUAAUUUUAUUUAGUGGGGAGGGUGUAGCUCAGUGGUAAGGUGCAUGCCUAGCAUGUAAGAGGUCCUGGGUUCAAUUCCCAGUACCUCUGGUAAAUAAACAAGCAAACCUAAUUACCUCCCCCCAUUUAAAAAAACAUAAUUUUAUUUGUAUUUUGAUACAGAGAUGACUGCUUUUCAGUGGCCAGAUUUAUCUAGUUUUGUUGUUUGUAGUUAGUUUGUGCUUUUUUGCAUAAUGCUUAGAAAAAUCUACCAUGACCCUAAAAUGAAUCAUUUAUCUGUUUUAUUCUGUGGCUUUAUUUUUUAUUUUUAACCCUUUACUCAGUUUAUUUUGGUAUGUGGUGUGAGAUAGGACUCUCACUAAGUGUUUUUUUCCAGAUAGUUAAGCAACAGUCCUAACGUAAUUUGGAAUAAUCAACUUUUUAAUGAUAAGAAAUGCCAGUUUUUGUCACACAUUAAAUUAUUUUACUUAUUUCUCCCAGGGGAUUAGGAAUCUCUAAAAUCAAAAGCCAAGGUUAAACUUCCUUAUAAAUGUGUAAACUCAGUGUUGAGGUUUCCUAGCUACACUCCUUUGAUGAUUUUAUCUGUUACUCCCAGAAUUUCAGUUACUUUCUUUACGACAAAAGUAAACGUCAUAAAUGUACAUUUUCAGCCCACACCUGUCUCCUUUGUUCCGUAUUUCAAACUAAAUGUAUCCUUUUGCUUCCCAAACCAGUGUUCCCACUCUCACUCAAUAUCACUGUCAUCACUCAAGCCCCAAACCAGCAUAUUAUCAUUAACUUCUCCCUCACGCCUCCCUCUGUAUUCAUCCUGUCCUGUUGGUUGUCCCCUUACUGGUCUGCUGACACAGCCUCCUGGGGGUCUUCCAGCCUUCACCUUCCCUCCUACCUUUCCUGCCUUGUGCGUACUUUUCUCUGCACCGUGGGCGGAAGGAUGUGUGUUCGUUUGUUUUAAAUAGCAAAUCUAAUCACGUCACAUCUUUUUUCAAACCUUUUCCAAUCCCUUUUUAUGGCUUUCUGCUCUAUUUAGGUUAAAUUACUUAAAAUGCGUUGCAGGAUUAUAUCUGAUCCGGCCUUAGCUUGCCUCAGGCUUCAUGUCUUAUUUCUAGUGCUUAAUAUUUUGGCCUUACUAGAUCUCUUUCAUUCUUCCCGAGUACUGAGCGCCAUUCCUUUUGUAUAUUCUAUUUCAUCUCUCUGGUAUCUUCUUUUCUCUCUUUAUCUGUUGAAUUCUUACUUGUCUCUUCUUCAGGGAGGUUUUCUUUCCCAGAUUAGAUUAGGUCCCCUCAGCCCUACAUUCCAUAGCACCCCAUAUUUCUACCUCUAUAGUUCCUGUAUUUGUAACUCCUGGUUUAAUGUCUUUGUCCAGCUGUGAUGUGAUCUGUGGGUGGGUGGGGACAUGUUUGACUUUUUCUCUGCUGUCUGGCUCUGAUUAUAUCCAAAGCCCACUCUACUGCAGGAGUUUCUGUAGGAUUCUGCAGUGGGUCCAUUUUAUGUCCCUCCUAUGGAAGAGGAUCAGGAAAUCCCAGACAGGAUCCUCUUAAACUUUUAAAACUUAACACAGAAGCACAGGCCUUGAUGAGAAGCCCACAGGGCCAGCCUUAUUAUGUACUUCAGCAGACAGCCUAUGCUGAUGGUAAACCAUCUCUCUGUCUUGCGUUUUUCUUGAAAUAAGGCUUCCAAUUCUACUUUUCACUUCAGGGUAUAUGAAGAGAAACUGGUGGAUGAACAGUUAUGAUUUUUGACUUUCCAAAAUCAAGCAGAAACUCUUUGUAUUAUUUUUGCAACUCUUCGUAAGUUGAAAAUUAUUUCACAAUUAAAGUGGUUUUUAACUGCAGGCUACACUGUUAUAUUGAGCUAUACCUGAAGAAAAAAAUUUUAAUUGCUAUGACAUCUAGAAGAAAAGACAAUCAGUGUAUCUCUAGGUUGUAUCAAAUAGAGAGAGUUCUCUAACUACUGCCCAGCUCCUUGACCUAUAGUGGAGGUGGGUGAAUCAGAUUUAAUGCAUUAGCCUUGCUUUGAGGCCAUUUCCCUGGGCACUUUUAGCUAUAUUAAUUGACUUAUCAUAUAGAUUAUUAUGUAAUAGACAGGAUACACUAAUUGACAUGAAUAUUCCUAUUUACUUUAUAGUUAUAAAUAACAUUCUGAUUUAUUUAUCAAGUGCUUGAGUGUUUGCUAAUAUAUCAGCCUGUCUGGCUGUCACUUCUUGGACAACUGACAAAUGGAGUCUGUGCACCUAGAAAGCUGGCAGCCACCCCUGACUCUUGGUGAUGCAGCCACACUCCUGUCCUGUCAGGUUUUGUGUGAGUUAUUAGGUGGUGUUCCUCGGCAACAGCUCUUUCUCAGUUUUCUGUUUCCUGGGGCAGUGAUAUCCCCUCCCCUACCUUUUUCCCCCUAUGAGCAGGGCUCCCAGUUUUCCAACCUUGAAGUCUUUUACAGUCAAGGCAGAGAGAAGAUUUGUGGAUGUUGAAUAUGCAAGAAGCUGAAGAGAGAGAGACUGGAAGAGAGAUUUGUCCAGGUUGGGUGAACAAGCCUGCUCCGGAGCAGGACGGCUCUGAAAUUGACUUGCCAGGGAUAGCAGCAAAGAGAUACCACAAGGAUCAGUGCCAGAAUCCUACAUUUGAAGAAAAGUAUGUAUGUAAGAGCAUGAGGGAAAACCCUACCAGAGAGGUUCCUGAAGCAUGCCUUUUCCAAGACAAACGUUUUGGAGGAAUAACUUUCAUCCACAAGGAAGCACCUCCAGAAAUAAUUAGCCAAGAAUAUAAUUUUGAGCGAAGCCUGCUUUUGACCUCAAGCCUUGUUACACAUCUCAAGGUUUCUACAGAAGAGAACCUCCAUCAGUGGGACACAGACAGCAUACACUCCAGUGAGAUUUCAGACAAAACUAAAUGUCCAGUCCUCUCUACACAGAAAACAUCUUGGAAAUGUAGCGAAUGUGGAAAAACUUUUACUCAGAGCUCAUCCUAUACCCAACACCAGAGAACCCACACAAGACCCUACACUUGUGAGGAAUGUGGGAAAACCUUUAGUCGCAGCUCAUUCCUUGUUCGACAUCAAAGAAUCCACACCGGAGUGAAACCGUAUGGAUGUGAGCAGUGUGGGAAAACAUUUCGAUGUCGAUCAUUUCUUACUCAGCACCAGAGAAUCCACACUGGAGAGAAGCCAUAUAAAUGUAGUGAAUGUGGGAGUUCUUUCCGCAAUCAUUCCCAUCUCACCGAGCACCAGAGAAUUCACACUGGAGAGAAGCCUUACAAAUGUAAUAGAUGCGGGAAGGCAUUCAGUCAGAACACGCACCUCAUCCAUCAUCAGAGAAUUCACACUGGUGAGAAACCUUAUUUAUGUAGCGAAUGUGGCUCUUCUUUUCGCAAACACUCAAAUCUUACCCAACAUCAGAGAAUUCACACUGGGGAAAAACCCUAUAAAUGUGAAGAGUGUGGAAAAACUUUCCAUACAAAGGCAAACCUGUCUCAGCAUCAGAGAAUUCAUACUGGAGAGAAACCCUAUAAAUGUAAGGAAUGUGGGAAAGCCUUUUGUCAGAGUCCAUCCCUUAUUAAACACCAGAGAAUUCAUACUGGAGAAAAACCCUACAAAUGUAAGGAGUGUGGCAAAGCUUUUGCUCAGAGCACCCCACUCACUAAGCACCAGAGAAUUCAUACUGGGGAAAGACCCUACAAAUGCAGUGAAUGUGGUAAAGCCUUCAUUCAGAGCAUUUGCCUUAUUCGGCAUCAGAGAAGUCACACCGGAGAAAAACCCUAUAAAUGCAACGAAUGUGGGAAGGGCUUUAAUCAGAAUACCUGUCUCACUCAGCAUAUGAGAAUUCAUACUGGAGAGAAGCCCUAUAAAUGUAAAGAAUGUGGGAAAGCCUUUGCUCACAACACAUCUCUUACUGAACAUCACAGAACUCACACUGGCGAGAAGCUGUACAAAUGCAGCGAGUGUGAGAAGACCUUCCGCAAGUACGCACACCUUAGUGAGCACUACAGGAUUCACACUGGUGAGAAGCCCUAUGAGUGCAUCGAAUGUGGAAAAUUCUUCAGACAUAGUUCAGUCCUUUUCAGACAUCAGAAACUUCACGGUGGUGAAUAAACCUGGCAUUUAGGUUAUGACAGUUUCUCUAAAGAGAGUGACUGGGAAUCUGGCUGAGGGGAGGGGGACAGGCAGAGUCCUGGAGGGAAUGAUGAGGGACUCUGGGAUACUGCACUUGGAAGAGUAUUUCCAGGAAUGGAGGUGGGCGCUUGGAGAAUGCGGUGCCUACUCCAGGCGGGCAUCUGGGAAUACAGGGUAGGAAGUCCUGCUUUUCAGAUAACUCCUUGCCCCUUGCCCCUUGCCCCUCCUCUCUCCUCACAGCACUCUCAUACCUGAGGUGCCCUUGGUGAAGUUAGCAUUGUGUUUCCCUUACUGUACCCCUGCCUCACCUUUCCAACCUGUCACCUGUGUUCACUGGCCAGGAGGCUGAGGUGCUUCUCCAAACACCAGUUGUCAGUGUCAAAGUGGCAGCAGUUCUGAGGUUGUGCUGAGCGGCCUUUGGAUACCCAAGGCAGCUCUGAGCAUGCUCCUGUGGGGAGGCUGCCCAUCUGUGGAAGUGGUACCACGAAGGGGGACAGAAAGAAGUGAAAACAAAGAAUCCUUAUUCAUUCAUUCACCAAAUAAGGGGAUGUGUGGCCAGAACUGAGCCAAUUGCUACAGAAAUGUUGUUGAAGAAGGGUUUUAUUAGGGUGAGGGAGAUCUUUCCAGAUCUUUUCAAACAGGAAGGUGAUGUGGGGCUAAGGAGGAAAUGGAAGGUCAAGAGAGCCUUCUCUUGAAUGAUGUCAGUUUGUGGGAAGGAAGUCAGAUCUGCUCAGAAGGUCACAGAGAGGAGGACCUAACUGCUGUCCCAGAGGAAUGUUGGCUUAUCCAGAAGGGAAAUGGUUUGUGUUAGGUCACUAGUGAUGAGAGGCCUCAGAGCAGGAAGCCUGCAUGUGACUGAGCAAGCCACCCACACAUCCCUGUCAUGCACUAGGGUGUCCUCUUGUCUCUUGUAAAUUUGGCUGGGCCAUUAGUGCACAGGGACCAGGGGAGAGGGGCCCACUAGGAUUAACAAAGUGGGCCUUAGUUUGUUAGCCGUUAGAGAGGAGAAAACAUCAGUGAUCAUGGAAAAUAGCCUUCCAGGUUGGCUGGGCUUGGGGGCUGCUGGGCCAGUCCCUGAGAGAGUGCUGACCACUGUAGCAGGGAGGGCUAGGUUUUGUGUAAUCCUGGCAAUAGUGGCUGUCACCAUAGACUCAUUAGAUCUCAUGUUUCUCUUUUGACUGAGACUCUCUUACUCCUGGGUACUUAUCUUUCCCUGUGGAUUAUGAGUAGCUUAGGAAACACUUCUCAUGGAAUGAAUUUGGAAAGAAUUCAAGAAAGAAUUACCUCUUUUUCAAAUCCCUGAAGAUGAGGACAGCACGUUUUGCUAUGACUGUGAUGGUAUUUUAUUCUUUUUAGAGAAAGAAAGGACACGUUUCCCUUUAUUUCUUCAUUCUCAUGUCCUUAACGACUACCCAGGGAUUCAGCUCUGGAAAAUUGAGGAAGGGUAGCCUUUGACUGGUAUUUGAAAUAGCUUCUCUGCUCUGAAGCUUAUAUAGUUUUUAAAAUAUGACUAUUAAAAACCACUGAAGUAAGUUAAUUCUGGAAUGGUUGAUUAUUUGGAACUCAGUAUUGAUUUUUUUCCCUUACAAGCAUUGGUUCGAGCAAUUAAUUGCCGGGUAAUGGAAAUGUGGCAGAAAUAACACACUUUUUCCCUCUUCAGCUAUAAAGAUUAUGUUCUCAAAGCCUGCCAUAGGGCAACUAAUAAUUGAGUAAAUUAAUAUCCUAUGGGCAAAAAUAACUAUGAAUACUUUAUUUUUUAUGCUCAUGAGAAGAAAAUAUAGUCUGCUGAAAGCAAAUGUCAAUUUAUUUCUAUUUUCUGAAUGAAAAAAAAAACACUAUGGAAGUCACUGCUGGUACCUAGUAAAUGUUCAAUAAAUAUUUAUUUGUUGAAUAAAUAUAUUUUAAUCAAGCUUUGCCCACCAAAAACUUGAGGGCCUUCCUGAUAAGUAGGUAUUUAGAGUAAUAUUAAUAUGCCCCUAUCUUUGGAGUCUUGAGUGGAGAUUAGAGAGGAUAGGGGGAGUUUUCUUGAGGAAGAAAUGGGAAAACCUAAGGGUGAAAGAUGCCUAAAUCCUUGUUAGAAGGAUUUUCUAAAACGGAAUCGAUGAAACAAGAUUUUUUAAUCCUCAGACUAAGAGAGUCUGGUACCAUUUUCAGUUCUUGGGGAAACAGGAAGAAAAGGACCUCAUCAUUAUUACACUACCCUCACCCCAUAUUCUCACACUUACAAAUAUUUGCUCCUGAUUUUCUCUUGGUUGCUGGCUCACCAUGUGCCUAGUCACUCCAACUGGGCCCCAUAUAGGAACUGCCCUCUUCCUCAGUCUUCCCUCAUAUCCAAUCAGCCACUAUAUCCUGUUGACAUUCUCUCCUAAAUCUGGAGCCCAUCUCCACCACUACUGCUUUACUCCAGUUCCCCAGUUUAUUUUUUAGGCUAUUUUUCUACUUACCUAACCAGUCUCACAGUGUCUGGCCCCACUAGGCCAUCUUUCACAUUUCUUCUGGAUGGUCUUUGCAAGACAACUGUGGCAACUCUGUUGUCCUCUCUGAGAAUAGUUCUAGCCUCAAGCGGGCAUCCUCAUCUGGCCCAUGCCUGCAUCACCAUUCUCAGCAGACAUCCCCUGCCUGGCACAUUCUGCUCCAUAGUGCAAAUUUCUAUGAUUCAGCACCACCACUGGACUCUACUUUGGCACCUUUGCACAUACUGUUCCCUUUCCCUGCUUCUGAGUGCCUGAAAGGCUUACAUUUGUCACUUUUGAAUGUGCCCAGGCAAUAUCUCUUUAAAGCCUGUGACCUCACUUUUUUUUUUUAAAUUUCUGUAUUUUGUACCGUCAUCAUUUUAUGUAUCAUAAUAGGCUGUAAUAGCUAUUUUGCAAGUCUUUCUCUUCUUGCUGGACUGUCAACUCCCUCAAGGCAGGGGCCGUGUGAAAUUUAUUCAUCUUUGUAUCCAUAGUCUCUGGCACUGAGAAGGUGCUCAAUACAUAUUUGUUGGGCUCAACUGAAAUUGAGUAAGACACUUCUCCAUGUCCACCUACAGGCUGUGACUUAGAUCCACAGUUACCAGCAGGAAGGAGGUAUGGUGAAUACAUGAAUGUGUCUUAAAGUGUUCUCCAGAGGCAAGAAUUCUGGACUUUUUCCCAAGAUACCAAGUAUGUAGUCCACUCUGAUACAAACAGGAUCUCAUGAGAUAGAGUAAUAGGUAGCAAAAAAAAAAAAAUCUUUUUUGUUUUGUUACAAAUUAGGCAUUUAAGUGUGUCAUCAGAGUUUAACAAAGUGCUUUCAGAUAUGUUGUCAGGAUCAACAGGAAAAGGAAAAUACAUGCAGCAGUAGAAGCACAGCUGUCAAGUGGAAUAUCCAUGAAAUCAGACAGACAGGAGCUGAGCAGUGAUGCUGGCCUUGUAGGAGAGCAGAUUUCUCUUCAUUGGUUGCACCUCUGCUCCAUGAUGCCUCUUCACUUGUGUCUGUUAUGCCCUCCUCCUGAGAGUUGAAGGAGCUCACUUUAGAUCAAGAUUUUUGGCCCUCGGAAUCAGACCUGACUGCAUGUAAGUGAGGGUCAUUGUGAUCUCCUAUCUCUAUUCCUGAGAAGAGGAUAAAAAUCAGGACUCUGCAAUGCAGGUCUCUUAUUCUGCAUGGAGAACAUUUUCCUUUGUGAAAUUUUUUUUUCAGGCAAGAAGACCAAGCCUGAUGGCAAAGUGUUAAAUGACUUGAAAAAAAAUGUGGAGGCUCAUAGAGCCUGGUCUGUAGGGGUUCACAUUAGGAGGAGUUGAAGAUGCAUGAAGGAGGACUAGGAGGAGAAAUCCUGCAGGAAUGACUGGGAGGACACCACAUGCACACAGAGCUUUCCAGGAGAACAAUGUUAUUCUAAGGAUAAUCAUAUUUGAGAAAGUACCUUGUAAGCAUCAUGAAUGUGAGAGAAAGUUUCCUCUAAACUGGAACCUAUUGUGAGCUCCUUCAUCGUGUUUUACAAGCAGCAUGAGUCCUGGCCAGAUUUCACUGCAGUUGAAACAUCAGAAACUUAACAUGUGGAAGAAACCUUCAAAGUGUAGUGAAUGUGGAAAAUUCUUUACUCAGAGAUCAUCUCUGACCCAGCAUCAGCGGAUUCACACGGGAGAGAAGCCCUAUGCGUGUACUGAAUGUGGAACUUGUUUCCGUAAACAGUCAAAUCUUACUCAACAUCUGAGGAUUCAUACAGGAGAGAAACCUUAUAAAUGUAAUGAAUGUGAGAAAGCCUUUCAAACAAAAGCAGUCCUCGUCCAGCAUCUGAGAAUUCAUACUGGUGAGAAACCCUAUAAAUGUGUUGAAUGUGGCAAAGCCUUUUGUCAGAGUCCAUCUCUUACCAAACACCUGAGAAUUCACACCGGAGAGAAACCAUAUAAAUGCAGUGAAUGUGGCAAAGCCUUCAGUCAGAGCAUAUGCCUUACUCGUCAUCAGAGAAGUCAUUCUGGAGAUAGACCUUAUAAGUGUGAAGACUGUGGGAAGGCCUUUAAUCAGAGUGCAUGCCUCAUGCAGCAUCAGAGAAUCCAUUCGGGAGAGAAGCCCUACACAUGUACCAAAUGUGGUAAAGCCUUCACUCAGAACUCUUCCCUUGUUGACCAUGAGAGAACUCACACUGGAGAGAAGCUUUAUAAGUGUAGCGAGUGUGAAAAAACCUUCCGCAAGCAAGCACACCUCAGUGAACAUUACAGAAUUCAUACUGGAGAGAAACCUUAUGAAUGUGCUGAGUGUGGGAAAUCCUUCAGGCACAGCUCAGCGCUUGUUCGACAUCAGAGACUUCAUGCUGCAGAAUAAAGCUUGGGAUAUAACCAGGGUGGAAAGACUUCUAUGAAAACACAUUUAAAAAAAUCCUUGGGAGUUUGUGACUCAGUCUUCAGCUGGGAUGAAUGUUUUGUAUGUUGAGCAAGAGGAAAUGUGUCCCAAAAUUUAGGAAAAUACACUCAGAACUAGAUAA